UCGUAGAAACGUAGGGUUGGACGGGACCCCAAGAGGUCAUCUGAUCAAGCCUCCUAUGUUGAAGCUGAGCCAUGUAUACCUAAGUCAUUGCUGACCAGUGGUUUUCUAACCUGUUCUUAAAAACUGCAGUGAGAGGGAUUCUACAGCCUUCCGUGGGCCUUAAAAUGGGGAACACAAGCAGCGAGCGAGCGGGUAUGGAGCGUCAUGGGGGCCAUAAGACGCCCCGAAGAGACAAUUGUGGUGGAGCCAUUAGUACAAAAGAAGGUGAUAGACCAAAAAUCUUGAUGGAUAGUCCUGAAGAUGCAGACUUGUUCCAUUCUGAGGAAAUAAAGGCUCCACAAGAGAGAGAGGAAUUUCUAGCUUGGCAGCAAGAUCUGGAAGUGAGUGAAAAAGCCCCUGUUCAAGAUCGGCCAACAGUCUUUCGCUGGACUGGGGGAGGGAAAGAGGUUUAUCUAUCAGGUUCCUUCAACAACUGGAGUAAACUUCCUCUUACAAGAAGCCACAAUAACUUUGUAGCAAUCCUGGAUCUGCCAGAAGGAGAGCACCAGUACAAGUUCUACGUGGACGGUCAGUGGACGCAUGAUCCUUCGGAGCCAGUAGUAACCAGUCAGCUUGGUACGGUUAACAACAUCAUUCAGGUGAAGAAAACUGACUUUGAAGUAUUUGAUGCUUUAAUGGUGGACUCCCAAAAAUGCUCAGAUAUGUCUGAGCUAUCAAGUUCACCCCCAGGACCCUACCACCAGGAUCCCUAUGUUUGUAAGCCAGAGGAACGUUUCAAGACUCCACCUAUUCUUCCACCACACCUGCUGCAGGUGAUCCUGAAUAAGGACACUGGCAUUUCUUGUGAUCCAGCUCUACUUCCUGAGCCCAAUCACGUCAUGCUGAACCACCUCUAUGCGCUUUCUAUCAAGGAUGGAGUGAUGGUGCUCAGUGCCACUCAUCGUUACAAGAAAAAAUAUGUGACUACAUUGCUGUACAAGCCAAUAUGAUUAGUCCUGCGGUUAGUGAGCAGGUAUCCUGGGGUGAUUAAGUGCCAGAGGGAACAAUUCUUCGUUAAACCAAAACAUAUGCAUGGCCUAUGCUAUUGUAAACAGACUCUGAUUUCAUAUGGUUUUAAAGACUUCACAUUUGUUUCAUAUUUGCCUUGUUCUUCCAGUGCCAUCUGGAAGUUUUCAGACUCAGCCAGGACCAAAGAGAUUACUGGUGGUGCUGCCAUUUUUUCAGCUCAAUAACAAUUGCCUGGGAUCUACCAGUGAAAUCAGGGUGGGAAAUGUGGGGAUAGUGACCACUCAAAUAUCGUUCAUGAGUGAUACAGGCUGUGGAAAAUAAUAUUCUAAGAAGUGCAGGAUCCUUGCUGACUGAGUGGCUGUUUUUAUCAUAAAGCUCAAACAUUCAACUAUAUUACCACCAAGCUCCCCAAGAGCCCAUUCCCUGGCUCGACUGACUACACGUGAAAAAUGGCAUUCUUUCUGUUCGCAGCUUUUUUGGGCAAAGCCAGAGAUGCUGCUGCCACUCGCUAUUUCUUUGUUUGUUUGUUUAAUCAGUAGACGGGGGUUGAGUAUGUUUUCCAAUGUGAGUGACGCUCUUGCAUUGUUUCUCUUGGGAGAACUUCGAAAUAACUUUUCCUGAGUGGAAUUGCUGAUAAAGAAAAUUGUUCUUAA